UCAAGAUGGCGCUACCUCCUCCACCAGCACCACCACCUCCACCGCCUCCUCCUCCUAUAGGAGAGGCCAAUCCUCCCUCUUAUCCCGGUCCAGCUCCUUCGAUGCAACCUGUGACAACUGCCCAACCAGCUCCAGACGCUCAAACGGCAUCCCAGCCCAAUACUACCCCAGGAAACGAGGAUAAAAUCUGGGAAAGAUCGUGGACUGUAGACGAGUUGAGAAAGGGGUCAUCAAAUUGGACACUCGCUGCUGAUUCGGGGUUUCUCCUUUAUCUGCAAGAAUUCUCUCAACGAAUUAUUUCACAAACUCACGACAUUGAGACUCAAGUGGAUGGGCUGAUCAACAGUACAAAAGGAAUGGAUUCUAAAGUGCAGAAUACAAUGAAUGACUUUUUAAUGCUGUCUAAUACGCAAUUCAUUGAAAAUCGUGUUUAUGAAGAGGAUGUCAGUAAAGAUGAGACAAAUGAGGAGAAGGAGAAAGCUCCUGAACCAGAAAAGGCAAAAACAAGGGAGCAGCUUGAGGCAGAGGUUAUUCCUAAGCUAAGUGAAGCUCUUAGCCAUGGAGUUGGGGUUAUGGAUAAUGCAUUUGUUGCAGUUGAGCUCACAACGGAACAUUCUGAUGAUGAAGAAGAAGAAGAUGAUGAUGCCAAGACAGCAUUUAAGCCACAAGUGAUUUUGGAGCCCAAGGAUGUUUAUUCCAAUCGUCCAUUGCCACAUCUGAUUGGAAGUGGAGAUUUCUUUAAGGAUGAGCUGGUUGGCUUGGGUGAAUCUUCAGGAGAAGAAGAUGAAGGUGAAGAGGAUGAGGAAGAAGCGUCUUCCAGUAGCAGUGGAAGUGAAACUGAAUCCACAGCCAGUGGAGAAUCUAGUAGUGAGAGCUCUGAAGAGAGUGGCAGUGAAUCAGACACAGAAAAGCUGAAAGAGACAGAGAAAAAACAGAAAAGCAAGCCAAAGAAAAUUAUUGAAUCAGAAGAAGAUGAUGAUGAUCUGUUUGGUGAAAAGAAGAAGCCGCCAGACUCAGAUGAAGAAGAUGAGAAGAGUGAUGAUGAGGAAGAACAGCCUAAGAAGCCAAAGGGUGGUUUAGACUUUGCCUCUGAACUUGCAGCAAAAAUUGGAGUUGCAAAGGUGAAGCAACCAGACAGUGAUGAAGAUGAUAACAAAGAUAAGGUGGCUGAUGGUGAGUGGAGUGAUGAAGAGAAUCAAGAGGCUAAAACUGUUGAAGUUCAGGAAAAACAACGCAGCUUGACAAAAAACAGUUUAACAAAAAGCCGCAGUGACAGCAAGACGAAAGAGAAGAAGUCUCACCACCACCACCAUCAUCAUCAUCAACAUCAUGACAAAAGGGAGCGGUCUGAGUCACAGGGAGAGCACAAGCAUAGAAAACGACGUGGCAGUAAGACCAGCCACUCUAGUGUGGACAAGCAUUCAGUUACCACAGAGGAUGAUCUGUUUAGCCAGUCAAGUCCUCAAGAAGAUGGUCUCUUUGGAGGUGAAGGAACUCCAUUUACAAAGAAAGGAGGGCUGUUUAGUGGUGGAGGAAACCUCUUUGAUGAUGUUGACGAAGACAAGGGUGACUUGUUUGCUGAGGCUUCAACUACAAAAACUAACAAACAAGAAGGACCAACAGAAGCAGAAGAAGAAUCUGUUCAAGUUAAACCCAGAGCAAGAAGCACAGCAAGUGGGAAAAAAAUCCCAGCUGGAGCCAUCUCGAUAUUUGGAGAUUCUGGUUUGUUUGGAUCACCAUCACCAACAAAAGAGGACAUUACCACCAGUCUAACUAAAAGCCAUCAAAAGCACGAGGAAACUGAAACAAAACCCAAACCCAAGAGUGGAGGGGGUGGGGGUGGUUUGUUUGAUGGUGAUGAUGAUGAUGAUCUGUUCAGUGGUACAACUUUUAAACCAUCUGCUGCGUCUCCGGUAGUUCAAGAAAGUGCAAAGACCAAACCAGCAGCAAAUAAAGUUGAUCUGUUUGGUGCUGACAAUGAGGAUGAAGAUGAUGAAGGUGAUUUGUUCAGUGGAAAGCCUGCAGCAAAGGAACCUGCUCAGGCUCAGGCCCCCCCAAAGAAAAAGCUACCAGCUGGUGCAGUGUCCAUGUUUGGCAGUUCACCACCUCCUUUACUGAUGGGCAAGAAUACUGAUGAUGACGAAGAGAAAGAUGAUACUGGGUUGUUCAAGGCAUCCGCCGUUGCACCUAAAAAGACCGAAGUAAAAACUUCCCCUGCUUCUCAGCUAACCAAGUCAAAAUCCGGGGGAGGACUAUUUAGUGAUGAAGACGAGGAAGAAGGGGGAGGGUUGUUUGGGGCCUCAGCUACAAAACCACAGCCCAAGGAAGAACCAAAGUCCAGACCAAAAACAAAGACAACGAUUAGUCUGUUUGAUGAUGAUGAACAGGAUGAAGAGGAGGAUUUCUUUGCUGCACCAGCAGUUUCAAAACCAGCCAAGAAUGAGCCAACCAAGGACAAACCCAAGGAGGAAGUUAAGGAAACUAAGGCACCCAGCGCUAAGAUUUCAGGGCUUUUUGAUGAUGAUGACGAGGAUCUGUUCAAUUCGCCAUCACCUAAACCUCCCCCCUCUCCCAAUGUCACGCGCAAGGAGGACAAAAAAGAAGAAACCAAGCCUAAUAGGAGUUCUUCAAAAAUGCAAUCUUUGUUUGAUGCUGAUGACGAUGAUGAAGGGAUGUUUGGAGGCACAUCGGAGGAUAUUUUUAUAGCGUCGACGUCUCCUCAGAAGUCAUUUGAGUCCGUGUCACCUUUAUCAGCGGCCAUAUCAGAAACGGUUCCGCCUCUUGACGGCACAGAUGAAGUUUCAAUCAGCAAAGCGAAACCUAAACCAUCCGCAACAACAGCAGCGGCACCGAAAGCCAGUCUGUUCAGUGAUGAAGAUGAUGACCUGUUUGGAGGGAAUUCAGUGGAGGAACCGAAAGUCGAGGAGAAGAAAGAGAUUAUAUCAGAGAGCCCGAAACCUAGGAAACCAGUUGGCGCAGUUUCCAUGUUUGGUGGUGUUGAUCUGUUUGCGGGUAAGAGGCCUUCGUUUCUGGGGGAAAAGAACAAUGCAGAGAGCUCAGAGCCAGUCAAAAAAGAAGAAGACAAGCCAGCCACCACUGAGGAAGAGGCAGACUUAUUCGGUAGUGAACAAGCUGAAGAUGAACUGUUUUCUUCCAAACCGAAGACAACAAAACCAAUCGCACCCCCUUCCAAAGCCAAGCCAAGUUCAGACUUGUUCGGUGCAUCUCCCGAAGAUGAUCUGUUCUCUGCUCCUAGCAAACCACCCUCAGAACCGAAGCCAGUAAAGCCCCCGGUUAUCUCGAAACCAGACGUGGAGGAUGGACCAACCCAACCCGUUGAGCCCGUGGAACCUGUCAAACCUGUAGAACCAGUAAGACCCAAGAAACCUGCUGGAGCGGUGUCCAUGUUUGGUGGUGUGGACCUAUUUGGCGGCAGCAAAUCACCGCCAUUUUCAGUGGCGGCCGCCAAAUCACGUGUACCUGUAAAACCAAAAGAUCCCUUAGGAGGGGAUGACGAAGAAGACUUGUUUUCUUCAAAAUCUAAAGUUAAAAAAGAAGCUGAGCCUGAGCCGUCAGGUCCACUUCCGGUACCCAAGGCAGCCUUGUCACCAUUCUCCUCAAGCGUCAGCCCUAAAACGUCGCCGGUGAAGCUUGGGUCGGGAAUUGAGAAGCUGCAGAAAUCUCUCGCCUUUAAUCCCGCCAUGUUGAGACCAGGCGCGGCUCCGCCCAAGAAGGAGGCCCCGGCUACUGUAGCUUCAUUUGACGAGCCCGCCAAAGUCACCACCUUGGAGAGCACUAACAAGGCUCGCGCCAAAGUGCAAGUCAAGCGCCGUCCUCCAACACGCCAAGCCCGUCGAGCUGCGGCUGCAACGAGUAGCGCUUCGGACGCAUCACUUUUUGGCACAUCGACGAAUGAAGACGAGUCCAUUAGCGCUCGAGUAUCCUGGGGAGGAUUUCCCUCUCCGGAGGAGGGACUGGGAAAGAGUGAAGUGGAUUCUGGGCAGCGACCGUCGAGGACUGAGACCAAGGAUUCUGAUAUGAGCGACGAAUUUUUCGGUUUCACUAGUUCUGGGUCCACGCGGGUCAAAAAAGAUGUCUCCGAGGACCCUUUAGCGGGGGGACUUUUUUCAGAUUCUGUUUCUUCGAAGCCGAAAGUUUCGACAGCUAAUGAACUGUUUAAGGACGACUCCGAUGAUUUAUUUUCAAUUUCAAUCGAGAAAACAAACAAGACAGAUGUAGACGAUCCUUUUUCUGUUGGUAAAACAAAAGAGGAAAAUAAACCUAAGACUGCAGACCCAUUAAUUACAAGUGAUUCUUCUCAAAAUUUACCUAGUGCUACAUCUCCCGAAGAUGAUUUAUUUUCUUCUGGGACAAAUACAAAGGAGAGAAAAUCUGAAGCAAUCUUAAAGGAAACGCUCAGCAAAGAUAAAGAGGACUCCAAGAUUUCCUCGCCUCUAGAUAAUGAUGAUUUACUUUCAGCUGUCCCUAAAGCCGGUGAAAACGUAACCAAAACAAUAGCUGCAAAAGAUACACUCUCCGCCAAACUUCCAGCAAACAUUUCAGCAAAGGCGCAAUCGCCAGUCUCAGAUGGCGACUUGUUCGCGUCAAGUACAGGAAAAGAAGAGGGCAAAUCCGCCAAGGGGGAGAAAGAAAAAACGACCGCGGAUAGAAAAUUUCCUUCCCCUCUCGGUGACGACGAUGAUGAUUUGUUCGCCGUGAGUGCACCGGCCAAGAAAGAAACAAAAACUAUUUCUGACAGUGCUGCGAAGAAAACGGCAAGUCCACUGACCAGCAAGAAGGCGGUUACGAAAGGAAGCUCAAUUCUUGAUGAAGAUGACGAUGAAUUAUUCUCCGUCAAAAAAACCGACGCCCGAAAGCCGAAGAAAGUCGUGAAACCGCUGGGAGACGACGACUUGUUUGGAGACUCGGGUGACAUCUUUAGCGAUAUUCCGAGCAAACCCAAGGGACCUAAAAAGAAAAAGUCUGCAACCACUGCACCCAAAGACGACAUAUUCGCUGAGGGUGCGGCUACUGGAGGAGAUGAGCAAGCGCCAAAGAAAACGGCGACAAAAGCCAAGAAGAAAACAGAUAAAAAGCCUAAAACCUCAAUUUUCGAUGACGAUGUACCAAGUAUAUUUGACGAUCCACUGAAUGCUACUUCGAAGUAACAAGUAUUGCGACAAAAAUUUUGUUCUCAAAACUGACGAGAAGCCAAUCCUUUUACACAAAUAAAUUAGUUACGUAUUUUAUAUAAUAUAAGAAUAAGGUACUGGUUGCUGUCAUUACUAUAAUGUUUUGUGGUAUUUUUUGCUGAUUCUCCAAGAGAAGUACAGUGACGGUACCACAAGAUCAAAGUGAUUCGAGGAAUUUUAAUGUGCUUGAGAUUUCUAUUUUGUUUAGAAGAACGUGAAAGAAUGAAGUGAUUUUCUUGUUGCCUAAAUUUGAGAGAUUAACCAUAUCCCUUGACAGAGCCGAGCAGAAACUCUGUCAAGUACUCUCUGUCAAAACAUUACGCUAAUCCAUUUUACAAGCUCUUGAAAGACAAACCAAGAGAAACAAAACCAUGUUAACAUCUCGUUCCAAGAUGCAGGCUCACGGUUCGUGAAUGUAAUAAAAGUAGGCUACAUUUCCGUGUGCGUCAUUCCCAAUCAAUUUUGAGAUUCUCGCUUUCUAGUACACCGUAGGAAAAAUGGCCUCAUGAAAGAACCACUUACAAGAUUUCCAUUUUUUCAGCCUCAUACAAGGAUUUAAUUAACUUUAAGGUUUAACCUGAGGUGAAAGGGUAAUUAGAAGACAUCAUUAGGUACUCUUCAACAACACAUACGGUAGAGCCACUUUUGUUUUUCUUUGAAUCAAGUCCAACUGAUCCUUCCACACGAAUUAGAAAAAUCGUUUUAGCAGAUUAAUUUUAGUGCCGUUUAAAUUUGGAUGUUUGUAUAGCUAAAGGGGUCAACUUAAAUCUUUAAACCCAAGAUUUGGCGGAUGAGUAUUUCUCAAAGUGUCGAAAAUUUUAAAAGCGAAAGUAUUGAAGCUCGUCUCCCUAGCAAUGGUUAUUGUGAACCAGUGUAGUAAAUAAAUCUAUGUUUGCUCAUG